UUGUGCAACUGUUCUCAACACUAAUUGUGAACUAAUUAACUUCUUAUUUUAAUAAGAAGAUAUUCGUUCCCGAUACUAUUUUAUUUGUAAAUAAAGGACAAUAAACAUGGAAUUUCGUAUUUUAGAACUUUUCAGUGGCAUUGGCGGCAUGCAUUAUGCAUUUAAUACAUCUGGAUUGCCUGGCACUAUAGUCGCCGCAAUGGACAUCAACACACAUGCCAAUGCAGUAUACGCCCAUAAUUAUCCAUCAUCUGUAGUAUGCAACAAUAAUAUACAAAGUUUAACGCCCCGGAAAAUAGAGAAGAUGAACGUAAACAUGAUACUUAUGUCCCCACCCUGUCAGCCUCACACGAGGGUUGGCAAUCGAUUGGAUAUAGCUGAUAACAGAUCGGAUGCUUUACAGCAUAUUUGCGAUUUGCUACCACAAUGCCACAACAUAGAAUACGUACUGAUGGAAAAUGUCAAAGGUUUUGAGGUGUCCGAAGCGCAUAAACAAUUUAUUGAAACAUUAAAUGCUGCAGGCUACAGUUGGAGAGAAUUCAUACUAAGCCCAACACAAUUUGGCGUACCGAAUUCUAGAAGUCGAUACUAUUGUUUAGCACGUAGAAAAGACUUCUUAUUCACUGGUGAACAUAUUUUAGAAGAAAUACCAAAUGAAUGUGGAGUUCCGGGAAAUGGAUUCAAUGAAAUAUUAAUUAGCGACUUGAUUGAGCCGGAAGGUGUUAUAACUGAAGAUUAUUAUUUAUCAGAAAAAAUAUUGAACAAACGUGUCUGGUUAAUGGAUAUAGUGACUACAGAAUCCAAAAAGACAAUGUGUUUUACUAAAGCAUACACACAUUAUAGCGAAGGCACGGGCUCAAUAUAUACGCCUUUGACUAAGAAAGAUAUGGAUUUAAUAUUUUCCAAUAUAAAAGAAUUAGAAAACUGUAAAGAAAAAGAAGAACUACGCAUGGAUCUACUAAAGAGUUUAAAAUUGCGUUAUUUUACACCACGUGAAGUGGCAAGAUUAAUGAGCUUUCCAGAUUCAUUCGAUUUUCCGAGCGAAACUACUAAUCGCCAAAAGUACCGUCUUUUAGGUAAUAGUAUAAAUGUUUACGUUGUUAGUAUAUUAAUAAAAAUACUAUGCUCCUGAAGAAACUGUUGAUAUUUAUUUGGUAUGUGUUGUUAAGGUCCGUCAAUAGCUCAAUAUAAAGAAAAAUUAAUUCAUGUGUAUAACAUUUAAUUAGAAAUCACAUAAAAAAAUGUAAAUAUGUUCACUAAGGUCCUCUAUUUAUUAAUACAUUUUAAUAAAUAUUCAAUUAAUACAUUUUCUGUUGUUUAGUUGAGAAAUUCGGUUUCUAAAUUAUAAUUUACAUUGUGAUUAAUUUUUUUUUUUUUUGGUAAUUAUUGCAUUUUAUUAUCAAUCUUGAUAAAAUAUGAGAGGAAUGCAUAAUUGAUAAAAUGAAUCACCAACUUAACACAUAAUAAAUUUUCUAAUUAAUAUGGGAAAUAAAGUAUUUACAUAAGUAAUAAGCAUAAGUCUGCUUUUGUACAACAACUAGUAAUAUUUGUACCACAGCCAAU